AUGCUGUCACUUCGACUUUCCGUCAUUUCAGUCUGCCUUGCAGCUGUUAAUGUACUUUCGGCUAGCGACGGUCUUCGGAAUGACUCCGUGAUGAAGGCUAGGCUCCCCAAGAGCUUCGAAUGGAGCUCGGGUGGUCCUCUUAUUGGCCCAAAAGACGAUAGCUACGACCUUGCUGGAAUCAAAGACCCAUCUAUCAUCGAAGUCGAAAGCGUUUACCAUGUCUUUGCUAGCGCAGCCAGGGAAUAUGGAUAUGAUCUAGUUUAUCUCAGCUUUACCGAUUUCACUGAGGCCAAUUCGGCAACAUUCCAUUGUCUUGAUCAAACCCCCAUUGGGGCAGGCUACCGCGCCGCUCCUCAAGUCUUCUACUUUGAGCCACACAAGCUGUGGUACCCUGUUUACCAAAACGGCAACGCUGCGUACUCCACCAACUCCGAUAUCAGCAAUCCUGCUGGGUGGAACGCACCCAAAAAUUUCUUCGACGGCAUGCCCAGUAUCAUUUCGGAGAACAUGAGCAACGGAAACUGGGUCGACAUGUGGACGAUCUGCGAUUCGUCCGACUGCUCCUUUUUCCCAUCAGAUGAUAAUGGUCAUCUCUCAGACCUCGGGAACUUUCCGAACGGCAUGGGGAACACCGUCAUCGCGCUGCAAGACACAAAUAUAUAA